AUGAGCGACAAAACAUCGUCGAAGCAGUCAACGUCGAAAGUAGACGACAAUCGGAUGAUUGUUGUGGAAACUCAAAUGAGCGUGAGGGAGAGAAGAAAGAAAGUGAAGAAGUUCACUAAACUUAUCGCUGGCGGCGUCAAAGUGGAGGACGAAACAAGGUUGCAACUCGGGGAGUUGACAACAAAAUGCAGCGAACAGGAGGCGGAUGCGAUUCUGGAGCCGAUGAGAAUUUUCCACAGAGAGUUGUUGGAAAAGUUCGAAGAAAUCGGAGGAGAUGAAUGGCCGCGAUCGGUGAUUCGAGUUAUGAGAGAGUUCAAGCUCGAAUCGGUGGAAGAGUUGAGAGAAGCGUGUGCGAAAGCAGCGGAAAGGGAAGAAGCGGAAUGGUCCGUGGGAAAAGUAAAUCUGGAAUUGCAGAAAGUGCAAUAUGAGAAGAACUUGUUGACGGAGUGCUGGAAUGAGGAAAAGGAGAUGCUCGGGGAGCAAAUCCGAGAAAGCCAGAGAGAAAAGGAGAUGCUCGGGGAGCAAAUCCGGAAAAUUCAGAGAGAAAAGGAGGUGGCUGAGGCUCAGGUCAGGAAGCUGGAGAAGGCGCUGACGAAACUGAGGAAGAAGCUGGAUCAGGAGGAGCGUAAGCCGAAUGGCUUGCGGGAUGAAGCCCAGGAAAUCGCUGUGGAAACAGUGACGGGUGACGAAAAAACAAGUAGUGAGGAGAAGGUUGUCAUGAUAGGAAAUCUGGGAAUCCGUGUGGAAAACAGGAGUCCGUACAGGGAAACGGCGGAGAAGAGCAAGGAAAUCGCUGUGGAUACGGUGACGGAGGAGAAAAAAGAAGGGAUGAAGCCAAAGAAGACGGUGAUUAGAGAAUCGAAGAUUCUCGUAGCUCCGAGAAUCGGCGUGAAAGGAAAAUCCAUCUUUGAGUAUCGGAAAAGUGCGCUGGACACGUGGAAGAAUAGAUUCGAUUUUGCGAAUGUGGAAUCGAUCGUAUUCUUGUUAGAGCUCACGGAGGACGAGGAGACGAACCAAAAGUUGGGUGACUUGGUGCGAAAGUUAGCUGAGGAAGUGAAGGAGAUCACGAUCAUUCCGUACAAAAUGAAUUGUGCAAAAUCGGGAUUGGUGGAAAGUUGGAAACGGAGUUGGAUAACUGCCGGUCAUGUGAAGUGGAGCGAUUCGGCUGCGAGUGCGGACGAAAAGUUCAAAACGUGGGAACAACUGCUGGAGUUCCUGGAGGCGAGGACGACAGAGAAUGUGGGGGUGGCCCAACUGAGAAAGGAGUCGGUGACUUCGGAGCCACGAAUAAAGGAGGACAAAUGGAGUCACCAGUGA